CACUCUUUUGGCUGCUGUGUGAGGGUUCUGGAGCAGACAUGGCGAUGCUGAGGGUAUCAUCGUACCGCAGGCUGUUUGAGGAGCAGCAGUGGGGCCAGGCUGCAGGAGGCAGUCAGCGCUGUGGUGCUCAUCUUCUAAAAUCUUCUGCCAGGGGUGGGGUGUCGAUGGCGGACUGUCCUGACCCGGACUUCCCUGCAGCUCAUGCCCUGAACCGGGCGGGCGUGGUGAGAUUCACCCAGGAACGCUCCAUAAUGGCCGCCCUCAACGACCGCCUGGCCGUCCUUAUCGAUGUGGCUCGCUGUCUGGAGGAAGAGAACGAGUCUCUGGAGCUUCAGAUUAUUGAACUGGAGGAGAGGCUGGGAGUGAAGCCGAGCUCCUCCACCUCCCUCAGCAUCGCGAGUCCCUCAGACUACAGUUUGGAGGCCGUCAUAGAGAGACUGCGCAGAGAGAAGGAGGAUAUUUUAUGUGAGACAGAAGCGCUGAAGACGGAGCUGCAGUCUCUGCAGAUGAAGUAUGAUGAGGUGGUGGAGCAGCGGACCCUGGUUCAGCUGGAGCGUGAGGACGUUGCUGUGGAGGUGGAUGCCGACACUGCCGACUGCCUGGCACUCAGAGAUCAAGUGGGCAUCUAUGAAGAGCAGCUGGCUGAAAUGGAGCGGCAGCAUGAGCUGAGGGUUGAGUCUCUAACUGAACCUGAGACUGGAGAUGAAGGAGCAGCUCCUCCUGUGGCUUUGCAGUUCCCGCAAAUCGACAUCACUCCAGCCAUCAUGGAUAUUAAGGAGUAUUACUGCCAGCUGGCUGAGAGCCUUCAGUUCGAGUCCAGAGCCCGGGCUGUCGGCGCCAUCACUGCCGGAGGAGAUGAGCAGCAGAAUCGCCUGGAAAAGCUGACCGGAGGGAAAGUGAAGGAUCCCUCUGAAGUCACAGACGUGAACGUGCUGAAGGACUUGGUUGCAGAGCUGCAGAAGGAAGUAGCUGAGCUGGAGAAGUACGGCGAGGAUCUGGAGGCUGAGAUUGAAGCUAAAAGAGAGGCUCAUCUGCUAAAGAUAGAGGAGCUGGAAACCCACAUCAGCCAGCUGGAGGAAGACGAGGCUGACCUGCAGGAGCAGAUAAAGGAGCAGACAGGCGACUACGAGGAGCUGCUCAGCCAGAAGAUGACUCUGGAUAUAGAAAUCGCUGCUUACAGGGGCUUGGUGGAGGAGGAAGAGGAGAGACUCUGCUACCUGUGAGUGGAGGAGAGAGAAGAGAGAGAGCAAAAGAGAGAGAGAGAGAGGCCAGGCCCAGACCCAGACGCUCUCUUGUGGAUUGGUGCAGAAAAAGUGAAAAGCUAAUAUAGACUUACUUCAGCUGUAAAAGUGAGUCAGACAAGCUAAAAAAAGCUUCACACGCAGCCGUCUGAGCAAACGCAGACCUCCAGCCGCAGAUAAAUGGCAUCUGGGCUGUCUUUCCAGACCAUUGAUAAUGCUUGCUGCAGUCGGUGGCGUGUAAUCUCGGGUCCUGAAAGACAGUGCUGGCUGUGAUGUGUGUGUCGGAGGGGGGUGGAGAUGGGAGGUUUUGUGUCUGAUGCUGCGUUUCAUUUAAACUCAGAUUUUUCCAGAAUUUAACAGAAUUAUUUAAAAAAAAAAAGAGCAGAAUUUAAUUAUACAGUACUGUGUAAAUGUUUUAGGCACCUGUGGGAAUUUCAGUAAAGAAAAGCUUCUUAUCUGUGAAGUAAAUGUUUAUUAGCACCAGCAUUACAGGAAAAAAUAAAAACAGCAAUUUUACAAAAAUCAGAGCUUUUACAGCCCGGUUUUCCUUAAAACAACAUCUCCUAAUCUCUCCUCCUCAUCUGAGUUUAAUGGAGUUUAAUUUCUAGUUCUCAUCAUAUCAAGUUUGGACACUUAAAUUAUUUUUUUUUUUCCUCAUUAUUUUAAAAUGUUCUACAUUGCAGGCUAACAUUAAAGUCAUCCAAACCAUGAAAAAAAACAUAUGAAUGAACAUAUUAUUUGCAAAACAGAAUAUGUUCAAAGUAGCACAUCUUGCUUAUAUAGAGACAGGUUUGCACGUUUCUGCUGGAUUUUCUCAGUCAGUUUUAUGAUGUAGAGUCACCUGGAAUUCAGGCUUUCAGUUAACAGCUGUGCUGAACUCAUCAAGAGUUAAUUACUUGCCUCUUAAUUAAGCUCAAUCAAUCUGAAACAUUUCAAGAACUUUGAAAGUGCAGUUGGAAAGCCAAUCAAAAACGUUGGUGAUGAUGGAAUGAUGGAACUGGCACUCAUCAGGACCACUACAGGAAAGGAAGACCAAGAGUUACUUCUGUUGUUUCUAGUUCUCAUCAUAUUAAUCAACAGCUGGUUUGGUAAAUAAUUGGUAAAUGUGGUAAAUCAGGUGAGCUGCUGACGGAACUGAACAUCAUAUAUAUAUAUAUAUAUAUAUACACACAUGCUGACUGAGGAGCAUCCAGGAGAAAUCUGGAACUAUUACACUUUGUUCUUCAGCUUCAGGCUCACAGGAUAUAAAAAACAUACUUAUAGAUAAAAAUUAAUCAGAAUGGUCCCACUUUAUAAUAAGUGUCCCUAAAUACUAUGUAG